UCUUUUUAAAAAAAUAAUUAAUAAAUAUGGAAGACGCACUUUGGGCGCAAAUACAAAAUGCGUCUCUUGAAGACAACGACAAGAAUCGUAUUGAACCAGAAACUGAUUCUGAAGAUGACCAAGAGUUUUCAGAUGAGCCUAUAUCUCACUCCACAAGACAGUCAGGACCCCAGACUGGACCAAAAGGAGUCAAGGCAGAUUAUGAUUAUCACCAACAAAUAAAGCUAGCUUCUGCAGCAAAAGCACGUGCAGAAUACAAUGCACGUAUCUUAGCCAAAGCCCCCACAACCACAACAUAUGCUGAAGAUCAAGAAGAAUUACUGAUAUUAGAGAGCAACCCUCAAUUAGAAGAAGACGAGGAUGAAGCAGUCAUAAGACAAUACCGAGAAAAACGAUUAAGGGAACUCAAGCAAGGAAAUCAUGCUGUUCGUAAACAACACAAGAUGUUUGGUUUUGUGGCCACAAUUGAUGGUGAUAACUAUGCUCAUGAGAUCGAUAAUGAAUGGAAGACAGUACCCGUGAUUGUUCAUAUUUUUGAUGAAAGACUUCAUACCUGCAAGCAAUUGGAUGAUCACCUAAGACAGUUAUGCCAGAAAUAUACCUUGGCCAAAUUUAUUCGUGUGUCUGCAGAAGACCUGGAUUUUGAUCUUGUUGGAUCACCCACUAUUUUGGCUUAUCAGGGUGGCUUAUUAAUAGCCAAUUUGGUAAGAAUCAUUGACCAAGUAGGGUCCCGAUUUGAUGUGGAUGCUAUUGAAGACGUUUUGCUCAGAAAUGGCGCCUUAUCAGAAAAUGAUCUGUAUGAAAUACCCAAGCUAUUAGACGAAGAAGAAGAAGAUGAAGAAGAAUAGAAAUGUCGUCAUAGCUAUACAUAUAUUGCAUAAAAUAACACAAAAAAUAAAAAC